AUGGUUUAUCGCGGAAAGCCCAGUGCUGGCUGUGGCGAGUGUCGCACGCGCAAAGUCAAGUGCGAUCAAACACGACCUGCAUGCAACCGCUGCAUUAAAGCUAAACGGGCCUGUCCUGGCUACCGGGAUCAACUGUCGCUCUUGUUCCGCGACGAGAGCCGGGCUGUCGCCCAAAAGGCGAAGUCGAAUUCUUCCAACUCCUCUUCUUCGAAUUCCCCCUCACAAACAACGGCUAGCGACUCAUUUCAAUUUGCCGCCACCUUACAGGAUGUUGGGUCCAAGACCCCGAGCACAUGCUGGGAGAUAGCUUCUUGCCAGGAUGAAGUAGGACUGCAGCUACCUUUAUACCCUCUCAAAGAAUCCGAGAGGUUUCAAGCCACGUGUUUCUUUUUUAGCUCGUAUUCAUGGCUCUAUUCCGGCCUCAUGCAGGGACGGGAUCCCUACGGGGAACUCUCACCAUCCGCCCCCAUGGGUGAGAAAGCCAUGAUGAAUGCCAUGGUUUCGGCUGGCAUGGCCAGUUUGUCGAACCUCCGGGGUUCGCAAUCCAUGCGGUUAACUGCGUGCCGUGAAUACUCCAAGGCAUUGAAGUGGACGAACGCGGCUAUUUCGGAUCACAAGCAAGCAACUGAAGACACCACCCUCGCCGCCAUUCUUUGUCUAUCUUUAUUCGAGAUCUUGACGUGUCAAACCCCACAGACCAUCGGCGAUUUUGUUGAGCACACCAAAGGUGCCAUUGCUCUCCUCGAGCUUCGCGGAGAAACACAACUCAAGCAGGAAAAUGCGGUCAUGCUGUUCUACUCGCUUCGGAACCAAAUUAUCGCCGCGUGUAUAAUGAGGAAUGCUCCUGUCCCUGCUGGACUGAUUGCGUUAUCCGAAAAGGCCACCACGCUUCCGAAUGCCUCAAUCACAUCUAUUGUGUCGCACCGGCUUACGGUUUUAAUGGCCAAGUUAUGUGAUAUCCGUGUAAUAUUUGAGGAAAUCAGACCGAGUGUUGACGCCGACCUUUUGUCAAAUGCCUUUGCGCUCGAUGCAGAACUCGAGGCAUUUACGAAUGAGUUCCCGAUGUAUUUCACAUAUGACAGAGUUAACAUUCGACCCGGACAAACGUUCAAAGUAUCCGAUUCACGUCAACUACCCUGUAUCGGAAAUUACCGCCAUAGCUAUACAGCGUGGGCAGUUGCUAAUCAGUGGAAUAACUAUCGGUAUUGUCGGAUACUGCUCAACGAGCUGAUUCUCGACCAGCUCAUGCAGAUGAUUAUCCACCCUGGGACAGUACCACCCUCUCCGGAUUUCAAAGAUCUGUGCCACCGCGUCUGUGGUGUGGUCCGGCAGCUAGCUCUCGAUAUUUGCGAGGGAGUUCCGUCUGUGUUGGAGCUCGGCCAGAUUCGCAAUGGACGCAAUAGGUCUCUAAUGGACGGAUUAGCACUCUUGUUCCCUCUAUACGUGGCCGCGACGGUGGAUGGUCCUGGAACGCCGGUAUGCGACUGGAUCCGGGACUGCUUAACGACCAUUGGCGUGUCGAUGGGCAUCGAUCAGGCUCUGACUCUGGUGCAGAUGCUGGAGAGAGAGCCUGUAUUGACACGUGUUCUGGAAUAUUUGCAAGAGCACGAUGAUAGCCCCGUCCAAGUCCCUAUUGAUGCCGAAAUGCCUAAUGAUUUCAGUACAUAUAAUACCCAAUAUUCAUGA